CACAUGGAUUUAUUCAAACUACAGAAAGUGGAGGAUUUCUAUGAAAUCGGUGAAGAGUUGGGAAGUGGCCAGUUCGCCAUCGUGAAGCAAUGCACAGAGGAAAGCACGGGCCGGGGAUUCGCCGCCAAGUUCAUCAAGAAGCGUCCGAGCACGGCGAGCUCCCGAGGGGUUCGGCGGGAGGAGAUCGAGCGCGAGGUGAACAUCCUGCAGCAGAUUCAACAUCCCAACAUCGUCACGCUGCACGACGUCUACGAGAACCGCUCGGACGUGGUUCUGAUCCUGGAGCUGGUCUCUGGAGGUGAACUGUUUGACUUCCUGGCACAGAAAGAGUCUCUGAGUGAAGAGGAGGCCACUCAGUUCAUCAAGCAGAUCCUGGAGGGCGUCAACUACCUGCACGCCAGGAACAUCGCCCACUUCGACCUGAAGCCUGAAAACAUUAUGCUCCUGGACAAGAACGUCCCGCUGCCCAGAAUCAAACUCAUCGACUUCGGUCUCGCGCACAAGAUCGAAGCUGGCGUCGAGUUCAAAAACAUCUUCGGGACGCCGGAGUUCGUAGCUCCAGAGAUCGUCAACUACGAGCCGCUGGGGUUAGAGGCCGACAUGUGGAGCAUCGGAGUCAUCACCUACAUCCUACUCAGUGGAGCGUCGCCUUUCCUGGGAGAAACCAAACGAGACACACUGAGGAACAUCUCAGCCAUAAACUACGAGUUUGAUGAAGAGUUCUUCUGUCACACCAGUGAACCGGCCAAGAAGUUCAUCAGCCAGCUGCUGGAGAGAGAUAAGAAGAAGAGAUUAACAAUCCAAGAUGCUCUUAAUCACCCGUGGAUCAAGUCCAAUGAGCACAAGGAGGAGAAUAAAGCCCAAGAGCCGAAGAAGCGUGAGCGCCGGCAGCUGAAGACCAAGCGUCUGAGGGAGUACACCAUCAAGUCCCACUCCAGCAUGCCGCCCAACAACACCUAUGUGAACUUUGAGCGCUUCGCCCAGGUGGUGGAGGACGUGGACCAGAUGGAGAGCUCGUUCAUCAGUCUGGCAGCAGCACAUGACUCUCUGCAGGAAGACAUCGACGCCAUGGUCUCUGUCUACAACGAGAAGGAGGCCUGGUACAAGGAGGAGAGCGAAGGCGUGCGCCACGAGCUCUCGCAGAUCCGCUACGAGUUCCGUAAGGUGGAGGCCUUGAAGAGGAGCCUGCAGGACCACAUGCACGCGUUCAGCUCCAGCCUCGGCGCCAUCAGCAGCCGCUACCAGGAGAGGCGGAGCCACUUUGAGGCGCUGCGCCUGGAGCUGAGCAAUGAGCUGAAAUGGGUGCAGGAGGUGAUGGGUUCAUCUCCCCUGGAUGGUGGAGGCUACCCCAGCUGCAGCUUCUCCACCGUCUUCAACAACGAGGUGAACGAAGCCUUGAAGGAGCUGCUGAGCCGCUCGUGUGGAGGAGAGCUGCUGUCCGGGAUCAACUUGGACUUCACUGAACCUGGACAGCAACGAUAACCACGAGUCAUUUCAAACCUUUCACCAUGAAGAGGGACGAGGAGCAGGAAGGACUGGGUCAGGGUCUGAAGGAUCUUUACAUUACUCAUACAACCACUAAGUACUGUCCUGAUUCCAUGAACUCAAACCUACAUCCUCACAUACGCUGCUGUGUUCAACAAUCACAUCUAAGUAUAAACUG